AUGCUGGUCAUAGUGUUGCGGGCGGCAAAGGGGUUUCCGGGAAGCACAAUGAUAAGCUCUGAUUCGUUUCCUCUGGAUCCCUCUUCAACGAAUGGUAAGGCAAGCACACGAACAGAUGUAAUUUUUAUGAAUGAGCGGGAAGUGCGCGACUUGAUUGGGGUUUUAAAUAGGGCGGGUAUGACGGAUGCAGGGAAGGAGCUUGAAUCCAGGCUACAGUUUGAGUGCGCUGUGGCUCGGCUUGAUAGUGCUAAGGAAAACAAGGAGUUGAUGCAGUGGUGCUCCUACUCUGCAGAAGAGGAACAGGCGAUUGUAUCCUGCGCGAGCUCUGUUGUGAUUAGGAUAUCGCAGGUGGUCAAGUCUCUCGCGCAGAUGGCAGGGGCUUUGAAAAGAAGUAUGGAUUUCAAUGAGCUGGUGCAGAAGGUGAGCAUCGAUAAAAAGGAUUAUGCUUACCCAUUUUUGCUUUCGAUGCUUCUACGGGACAGUGCAAUGUGUGUUUACAAGGAUAUAUCACUUGGGGACUGCUGCGACUCAAUAACAAGUCGGGUUUCUGAUAAUGGAGAUCUGAUCAGUCUGAGGACGGGUAUGAAGCGAGGAAGCAAGAUGUGGAAGAACCGGAUUGUGCCGAUUGAAGAUGGGGAAGUAGAGGGGCCCAUGCGCAAAAAGCGGCUUAUACGAGAGAAGGAAGGAACAAGCAAGGGGAAGUCUGGAAGUAGUUUUGAAAACGGUGGUGGGAAUGUUGUAAAAGGGAAGGAAGCAAACGAAGACAACAGCGGGGACAAGACUAUGACUAUUGAGAAAGGGAACGAUGCCGGGCCCGCGACCGAGCGCGGAAGCGAGACACGUACGGUGGAAGUGGAGAGAGUGGCUGGCGGGGCAAAGGCGCAACAGGAGAAGGGAGGGGAUCUAGAAGACGAAGGUGGACGGAAAGGAAAGGAUACGACAGACAGUAGAGUUGCUCCAGUUGUGGCACAGACGGUGGCAGAAGAAUGCAAUGGACAUGCGGGGCAUGCAGGAUCAAAGGGGGAUGAGCGCAGCAAGGCUUCAAGGCACGGCGACGAGAAAGGGGCCGGAUAUAAUGGAGCAGGCGAGGAGAGAGGGAAGGAAGAGAAUAGUGAUUCGGGAAGCGACUCAAGCAGCGAAUACAGCAGCGAUUCCGAACCUGACAGGAACUCGAGUUAG